UGCAGGGGGAGCUGGAGGGAGGAUGAAGGAUAGGAAGCAAUGGGUGGUAGCAAGCACUGAGCUCUGCCUCCUCUGCUCUUUCUCUUCUGCUCUGCUGCAGGGCCUCUGCUCAGCUGGCCACCCCAUCUGCUAGCCAGCCCUGAGCCCGGCUGCUCAGUGGGACCCAGCUCCAUGGUGCCCAGACCAGUGGUAUCUGAUGUGGUAGUACACGACCUGGUGGCUUGGUGGUACCUGACCUGGUGCAAGAGGAAUGCUGGUCUGGGAUGGAGCUAUCCCCACACGCUGCCCCCUCUUCCACCUACAGAAGCCAGGCACAGCUCCAGCACCCGGUGACUGGUUCAGCAGUGGCGGAGCAGGCUGGUAUCGCAGUGGCCGUGUUCCUGAGCUGGUGGUGGAGAGCAGCGUGCCAGUGGAUCAGCUAAACGCAGGGAAUGAUGAGCACCAUUGCAGCUGAAAGCCAGCCAGGACCAGGGCCUGGAGCUGCCGCUGAGGCGUGGUGCCGCGGCUGAGCCCAGUGUGCCGAGCGUGCUGGACCCUGCACUCGGCAGCACGUGCUCUCGCCGCGGCCGCACCACGCGGAUGGAAAGUUGCAGCCCGGCAGGGACCCUCGCUGGCCGGCUGACGCCAUCCCGCGCCCUAUGCCCCAGCCCUAUGCCGCAGCGGGCUCCCUCCCCGGCUCAGCCGCCCGCCGACCAUGAAGUGCUCCUUGCGCUUCUGCUUCCUCUCGACCGCCUUCCUGCUCGUCUUCGUCAUGUCCCUUCUCUUCACCUACUCCCACCACAGCAUCGCCUACCUGGACCCCGGCGGGCUGAGCGGCAUCCACCGGGUGAAGCUGGUGCCUGGCUACGCCGGCAUGCAGCGGCUCAGCAAGGGGGGCCCGUACCCCCCGGGCUGCGCCUGUCACCGCUGCCCGGCCGACGAGGCUGGGGCUGCUGACUGGUUUGAUGGGCGCUACGACAGCGCUGUGUCCCCGGUGUGGACCAAGGACAACAUGGACCUGCCACCCGACGUCCAGAGGUGGUGGAUGAUGCUGCAGCCCCAGUUCAAGUCCCACAACACACAUGAGGUCCUGAGCAAGCUCUUCCAGAUCGUGCCAGGCGAGAAUCCCUACCGCUCCCGCGACCCACACCGCUGCCGCCGCUGCGCUGUAGUUGGCAACUCGGGCAACCUGCGUGGCUCCGGUUAUGGGCCGGAGAUCGACGGGCAUGACUUCAUCAUGCGGUGCCAGAGGGUUGUUCCUGCUCCAGCUGCUCAGUCAAGAAGCCCAUCGUGGGUUCUCCUGGGUGCUGGAGUGGAUCCAGCCCUGCCACCUCCCCUGGGCUGGCUGGGGGGACCACCAGCUCAUCCCAGUACCCUGAGCAUCAGUGGGCUGGGAAACUGCCCCUUGGCAGCCUUCAGCAGGUCACAGGAGACACCGUGUCAUCUGCAAGGGGCAGGGUGGCUGGGAGGGGGAUAUCACCUUUCCUGCUCUCUCCCCAGGAUGAACCAGGCCCCCACAGUGGGUUUUGAGGGUGAUGUGGGCAGUCGGACCACACACCACUUCAUGUACCCUGAGAGUGCCAAGAACCUGCCUGCCAACGUCAGCUUCGUGCUGGUGCCCUUCAAAACCCUGGACCUGCUCUGGAUUGCCAGUGCCCUCUCCACCGGCCAGAUCAGGUUCACGUACGCACCUGUGAAGCCUUUUCUGCGGGUGGACAAAGAAAAGGUGCAGAUCUACAAUCCUGCCUUCUUCAAGUACAUCCACGACCGCUGGACGGAGCACCACGGGCGCUACCCCUCCACCGGCAUGCUCGUGCUCUUCUUCGCCCUCCAUGUCUGCGAUGAGGUGAACGUCUUCGGGUUCGGCGCCGACAGCCGAGGCAACUGGCACCACUACUGGGAGAACAACCGCUAUGCCGGGGAGUUCAGGAAGACGGGAGUGCACGACGCCGACUUCGAGGCGCACAUCAUUGACAUGCUGGCCAAAACCAGCAAAAUUGAGGUGUACCGGGGAAACUGAGCCUGCCCUGGCUCCCCCCAGGGCAGUGGAGGAGCCAGCCCGGCCACGCUCGGUGCCUCCAGCAGCCAGUCAGGUUCAGAGCUAAAGGAGACUUUCUGCUUUUUUUAAUUAUUAUUAAGAAACCCAGCUGAAAAAGGAUUUGUAAACACAAUCAGCAACCGAUGGUGGCGGCAGGCGCCUCACAUCUCUUUACAGUCAAACCAAAUGCUGCUCUUUUUAAAACAAGACAACAAUCCCCCACCCCAACCACUGAAGCCAGGUGACUUUGGGGAGCACCUGAGCAUCACGUCUGGGCCGAGGGAGACCUGGUGGCCGAGCAGUCUCACCGGUGGAACAGCUGCUUCUUUCUUCCUUUAUUUUGACAUGGGUUUUUUUUUACUCACUUGAGGCAGCCCUCCCAACACACACAAGCAGGUCCUGGUGCAGCUGCAUCACAUGGACCCAUCGUGGGGAGCUGGUGGCCGUGGGAAGC